UCUGACGGUGACGGACGGGAAUUCCCCCGCUAGUGUCGUGACAAAAAAUAGUUUUCUGGCCGCUGUCACUCAUUCAGCCCGAGGUUCUCCAAGACACAAUAACCCGUGAGAGAGUGUUUGCAUCAUGGACGUUCUUAUGUCCUCCGUGCUGCGGGACGAAGCACACCUACUGCCUGAGCCAGGGAUCCAGAUCUUCGAGCAGCCCAAGCAGAGAGGAAUGCGCUUCAGGUACAAGUGUGAGGGUCGCUCAGCCGGAAGCAUCCCGGGAGAGAAGAGCUCUGACAACAACAGGACGUACCCCAGCCUGCAGAUCCUGAAUUACUGCGGGAAGGGAAAGGUGCGCGUUUAUCUGGUAACGAAGAACGAGCCGUACAGACCACAUCCACACGACUUGGUGGGAAAGGACUGCAAAGAUGGAUUCUACGAGGCCGAGUUUGGCCCGGACCGCAGAGUGAUCGCUUUCCAGAAUUUGGGUAUCCAGUGUGUGAGGAGGAGAGAAGUGAAAGAGGCAAUCAUACAGAGGAUCACCAGAGGAAUCAACCCCUUCAAUGUGCCACGGGAGCAGCUGUUGCAGACAGAGGAGUACGACCUGAACGUGGUUCGCCUGUGCAUUCAGGUUUUCCUGCAGGAUGAGAACGGCCACUACACCCGAGCUCUUAACCCCAUCGUCACCAACCCCAUCUACGACAACAGGGCCCCAAACACAGCAGAGUUGAGGAUUUGUCGGGUCAACAGAAAUAGCGGAAGUGUCAGAGGAGGAGACGAAAUCUUCCUACUGUGUGACAAAGUACAAAAAGAUGACAUCGAGGUGCGGUUCUUCUCUCCUGAUGGCUGGGAGGCCAAAGGCUCCUUUUCUCAGGCUGACGUUCAUCGCCAAGUUGCCAUUGUGUUCAAGACUCCGCCCUACCACAACACGUCCAUAACGGACUCGGUGACUGUGCACAUGCAGCUACGCCGGCCUUCGGAUCAGGAAGUCAGUGAACCAAUGGAUUUCCGGUAUCUGCCCGAUGAUAAAGAUCCUUAUGGAUACAAUGAGAAAAAGCGCAGAAGAGAGCACUUGAUGAAGAUAUCGGGAUUGUCAGGUGGUCCAUUUAGCGGUCUGACAAUGAAUAGGCCCAAGGCAGUACCACAGAGUACCAUGAGUCACCUGAAAAGAGACAUGGGCAAUGCAUACCCAAGACAACAACAACAAACUUCUAUGUUCAACCAACCCUACCAACAGGCUCCUCAGAAUCUAAUGGCACCCAAUCUACAAAUAAGCCAUGCAUGGGCGAAUUCCAAUCCAACACUCUCUAUGGACACAGUCACCAUAAACCCAGGUGCCAGCAAUCUGCCACGUCCUGUUAGCAGGCAACAGCCACCGAACCGCAGCUACCAACACCGUGUGGACCACAACAGCUGUGAGAACAAUGCCCUCCCUCAGCUCUCCAUGCGGGAUCUGCAGUGCUUGGAUACAGGUUCUCAAGCCCCUGUAAUGAGAGAACCAGAGCAGCUCUUCCACCAGCAGAAUCAAAGGGAGGAGCUCCGAUCAGAAACUCCAAACCAAGCUCAGAACCAUCUGGUCAGCCAGAACCAAGGUAUUCAGUGGUCCAAUUUUACAACCAUGGGUACAGUUCCGACCCCCUUUAAUGGAUCUGGAGGUGGAGGGGGAUCACAGGGGGUAGGGUCGUUCCCUUUCCUAGAGGGAAUAGAAGAGAAUGAUUUUCUGAAGAACAUGGUGGGAGGACCUCAGCCCUGCUUCCAGUUGAAACAGGAGCCCCAGAUCUCAGUGGGACAAGAGAGCCAUACUCCCCUCAUGCAGUCCCCAAGGGAAAGCCAAGGAAAUACGUAUACCAACCUGCUGCCCCGUCCAGUGAGCAAUGGCACCAACAGAGAUCCAAUGCGGCCAGACGGUACUGCCAUCAAAAAUCUCCAUAGUCCUUACGUAAACAACGGCAUGGCUGCAGAAGCCCACUUUCCAACUUUGGAAGACUGGAUGAAUCAAAAUGACUGAAAACUGCUCAAAUUCUUCUUUUCAAACAGUAGCAGUUCAAAGGAGAGCAGAAAUUUCUUUACUCACGCUGGCCCUGCUAUGUUCAGUAGGCCUUUGCUUGGGUUGUUACCUCAGUGGGACCAAAAUGAUUGACAGCCAGUCAGCCUAAGGCAAUGUUUUACAGAGAUGCAACUGGUUACUGAUCACUUGAUUGGUUAGCAAGAGUACUUCCUGAUUCUGAUUCUAACCUUGUGGUUGGUCUUUACUUCCAGUUAGUCAUCAACAUUAUCAGGUAAAUUUAGUUUCUUGAAAAACUGGAGACAAGUUAUUCCCAGUCCUUGUCCUAUUUAAAUUGGUGAUGCAUUGUUUCAUAAUUGUGUACAGUGGGAUUCUGUAAAGUUCAGCCCCAACUUGUAACCUGUGAUUUGUUGUUGCUUGUCCAACAAGCCGUUUAUUUGUAGGGGUUCAGCUUUCAGCUGCUGGUGUUUGCCAUACUAGUCAAUUGAAGUGAUUCACCUGGUCUCUUUAGGGGGUAGGAUCUUUAAGUGGAUGAUCCACGCUUUUAAUGACUAUAAAAGGAAAAAAAAACAGUAGCGUUGGCUUCCAAGCCAAAGUUAUGCCUUUGAAGAAGUGAAUGUACUACUUCCUUUCUUGAAUACUUUUUUGUAAAGUUAGAAUUACUACCAAUAUACUGUAACAUAAAUGAUUUGUUUGGGGGUUCUUGAAUCUUGAGAAAACAAAGGAGUAAAUUUAUUGUUUUUGUAUAAUGCUGGAAUAUAUUGCUUGUUGUUUUACUAUUGAUUUCUUUGUAAAAUUUUCAUACAUAUAUGAAUUAUAGUACAAUACUUUUUUUGUUGAUUUUUCUUUUUUUUUUAUUUGGUACCAAAGCAUUUACUGUUAAGUGCACUCUGUACAUACAUGUUAGCCAUAGUUGAGAGUUACAGCAAUACCAAUGCCGAAACACUCAAGAACUGGCAAGGUACUGAAAUUUCCAUUGAGGAAGUGGGAGGAAACACAUUCAGCUGUGUCUUUCCUCUGUAAUGACUAUGUCAUACCAGAGAUUGCAUGUAUUCAGAGUUCUCAGAGCAUUUCUAACAGAUUUUUUAUAGAUAAAGAUGUCAAUUUUAUUGUUUUAUGUAUUCAGCCGAUGCUCUCUGAAACAUUAACUGAAAGUGUCUUGUUAAAGCAUUGACGGCACAAAGCUGAUGUUAGACAAACUUUGAAGGCCUUCCAAAAGCUUUAUGGUCUAAAAUAUAAACGUAUAUUCUGAUGACUACUUUGUAAGAUUUGCUGUUUUUUAUUUGUUUUGGUUUUUUCUAUGAGAUCAAUUCUUAAUAAACAAAGUCGGUCAUUUCUAAAUA